UACCUCUCCUCUCUCUCUUUUUCUCUCUCUCUUCCUCCCUAUCUCCCCCAAUUCCUGCAGUCUCCCCUCUCCUCUGUCACUCUCUCCGUACCUCUCCGCCUUUCUCUAUUAUUCUUCAUCUUUUCUGGGAUUUUUUUUAUUAUUUUUUUUCCUGGUAGAAAAGAGACGCAGAGAUCCCUACAGGAGGGGCACACAGAGGGGGGGAGAAAAAGCAAAUAACAGGACUAGAAGGGUGCAAACUACCCAGAUCUCAUCACAGCCACUUGCCCCUGCCGCUCUCCCUAAAUCAAGGCUGAAGAGAUCUCUUCCUUCCUAGCGCCAAGAAGCACUGCAGAGCCUGGAUCCCAUGCAGACAUGGCUGUAACCUGCACACGUUUUACAGAUGAAUACCAGCUGUAUGAAGAGAUUGGCAAGGGCGCAUUCUCAGUGGUCAGGAGAUGUGUGAAGCUCUGCACCGGGCAUGAAUAUGCAGCCAAGAUUAUAAAUACCAAGAAGUUGUCGGCAAGGGAUCAUCAAAAACUAGAGAGAGAAGCCCGGAUCUGCCGCCUAUUAAAGCACCCAAAUAUUGUACGCCUCCAUGACAGUAUAUCAGAAGAAGGGUUCCACUAUCUCAUUUUCGAUCUGGUCACAGGUGGGGAGCUAUUUGAGGAUAUUGUGGCAAGAGAAUAUUACAGUGAAGCCGAUGCAAGUCACUGUCUCCAUCAGAUAUUAGAAAGUGUUUGUUUCACACACUCCUGUGACAUUGUGCACAGGGACUUGAAGCCAGAAAACCUCCUCCUUGCCAGCAAAUGCAAAGGAGCUGCCGUCAAGCUGGCAGACUUUGGCCUGGCCAUAGAAGUGCAAGGAGAGCAGCAAGCCUGGUUUGGCUUUGCUGGAACCCCAGGGUACCUGUCCCCGGAGGUGCUCCGAAAAGAGGCAUAUGGAAAACCGGUGGAUAUUUGGGCAUGUGGUGUUAUUCUGUAUAUUCUUUUGGUUGGAUAUCCUCCAUUUUGGGAUGAAGAUCAGCACAAACUCUACCAGCAAAUUAAAGCUGGGGCUUAUGAUUUCCCUUCUCCAGAGUGGGACACGGUGACACCAGAGGCUAAGAAUCUCAUUAACCAGAUGUUGACCAUUAACCCUGCCAAGCGUAUAACCGCACACGAAGCUCUCAAGCACCCAUGGGUCUGUCAACGCUCAACCGUGGCCUCAAUGAUGCACAGGCAGGAGACCGUGGAGUGCCUCAAGAAAUUCAAUGCUCGCCGGAAGCUGAAGGGGGCCAUCCUAACUACUAUGCUGGCAACAAGGAACUUUUCUGCAGCUAAGACUUUGCUGAACAAGAAGACGGAUGUUGGCAAGCCCCAGACAAACAGUACCAAGAACACCGCUGGAGUGACCAGUCCGAAGGGCCCCAUUCCUCCCGCUGCCCUGGAGCCUCAAACCACAGUAAUUCAUAACCUGGUGGACGGGAUAAAGGAAUCCUCAGACAGUACACAUACCAACCCAGAGGACGAAGAAAUGAAAGUGCUGAAGUUUUCAGACAUUUUAAGCUCAGUGAGGCGGGGCUCGGGAGCCCUGGAGGCUGAGGGACCCCAAGCAGCGGUCGCUCAGCAGCCCCUCUCCCCAUCCUUUCCCCAUUCACCUCUUGCACAGCCUGCUAGAUUUACAGAUAUAUUUAACACAGUCAGACGAGGCUCAGAAGCAGAGGGGGUGCAGUAUUCCAACACGCAGCAUCGGCUCUCCCAGCCCCACCUAAACUCUCCGUUUGUACAGCCUCGAAAACAGGAGAUCAUUAAAAUCACAGAGCAGCUGAUUGAGGCGGUGAACAAUGGAGACUUUGAGGCAUAUGCGAAGAUUUGUGAUCCAGGACUGACCACGUUUGAGCCAGAAGCUCUGGGUAACCUUGUGGAAGGAAUAGACUUUCACCGAUUUUACUUUGAGAACUUGCUGUCCAAGAACAACAAGCCAAUCCAUACGACCAUCCUGAAUCCUCACGUUCAUGUGGUAGGAGAGGACGCUGCCUGUAUCGCCUACAUACGCCUGACACAAUACAUUGAUACACAGGGUCGACCUCGUACCAGUCAAUCUGAAGAGACCCGCGUUUGGCAUCGUCGUGAUGGAAAGUGGCAGAACGUCCACUUCCACUGCUCAGGGGCCCCUGUGGCUCCCCUCCAGUGACACCUCCAGUAAUGCUCUCCUGGCUUCACCAGAAAAGAGGAAGUGCCAGAGACUUUUGGCUCCGCCGCUCAGAGAGUUCCAGCGGCGAGGAAAAGCACGUGACCGCAUGCUUGUGCCGUUCCCUCUCAUCCCUCCUCCCCUUCAACCCCUCCAAAUCCAGACUUCUUCUAUUCUUGUGGCCCUCAAUCCCCCCCCAUGUGCACACGUAUCCCAGACAUCCACUGCCUGGACUCAUGAAGUGUUUGCAAGAGGACAAGACAAGGUCGUAGGACUAAGCCUCCUGUGUAUGUUUCCUUUAUGACAUUUAAGCAUUCUUACCCCUUACAAAGCUGGGAAAGAGGGCGACUGUAUGACCCCCUACUAUUGUAUGGGGAGUAGGUGCAUCCAUUGACUUGUUGCAGAGAAAUAUUUGACCUUUGGCCCUCUUUCCUUUGUCUUUUUUCUUUUUGCUAUAUUUGGGGCUGUGGAGGGGUGGAGGGAUUGUCUGAAAUCUUGAGGGGCUGGGGGGAGAGAACUGUGACCUUCCUGUGGAGCCGUUCCUUCCUGUGUGUUUGCGCGUCCAACGUGAAAUGAGUCGUCCAAACAGAACAAAGAGAAAACAAAAAAGUGUUCUAAAAUAUAUAAAAAAAACAAAUGUUAAAAAGAAACAAUUUUUUUUUUAAAUUCAUUUCCGCAAACCAGUUCUCCCAGGGGCCCCCACUGCCACCCCCUUUCUGUUGUUUUAUUUUGCUUUAGGAAUGCAAAAAAUAUAUAUAUAUUACACGAAGAACAAUAUAUAUAUUUAACAAACGGUCCAGCUCCAACAACCCCACACCCUGUAAAAAAUGGUCUUAUCCAUUGUUUGCAAUGGGAGAGCCAGUCCCAAAGCAUGGCCCGGAGCAUUUUAUGGAGUGUGCUUAUUGUCUGUCAGUUCUCAGUGAGUGCAAUUCUCCUCUGACAUGUGGGGUCAACACAUUGGAUCCAUGAUGUCACCUUUUAAUACUGACACAAACAUAAAUAUAGCAGGGAUUCCAAAAUAUACCUUAUAUAUAUUUCCUUUAAAGUAGCCUGGGUUUUAUUCUUCGGCCCACAAGGAGAUAUUUUAGUGAAUUCUAGAUACUAGUUUUUUUGUAGGCUAUGGCAUUUUUGCAGAAGGUUUAGGUUUUAUAGGAUUUCCUGUGUUUGCAGGGUAGAAAAGCAUAACCCAAGUAUCAUUUGGGUUAUUAUUUGAAUCUUCCAGAAUGCACGGGUUGCCCUUAAAGUGACGCGGCCACUUAUUGCAUGAAGACAGCCAUUGUGAACUAAUCAGAGGUAUUACUGAAACGGGAGGUAUAUCUGCUCUUGGCGGUGUCGCUUCUUAAAGGGCACAGAUAUAGAGAAUCUUGAACCAACAAUAUGGCUGCCUCUACGCCAAGGUCGUGAGUCCACUUUAAAUGUGCUGGAAAGAAGCAGCAACCAAAUCUUCAGGGAUUGAUGGAAGCAGAAAUGCAUUUAUCUCAAAUGUGCCUGAUCUAGAUUGGUGGGACAGAGUCUUCUGCGGAACCCCAAUAGACUAAGAUGGGGUGCGUGUAGCACUCCUACCCCUGUUGCCAAUUAACUUAAGUUUACAGGGUUCAGAGCAGUGACCCCAAGGGAGAGGAGAGGCGAAUCUCCGGCCUGACUUGUUUUCAUUUGUUGCUGUUUAAUUUUCUGCAUGCCCUUUAAACAGAAAUCCUAUAAAUACAUAUAUAUAUACAUAAAUCUAUAUAUAUAAGAGAAACAAGAGGACAGCUUGUUCGUUUUAUGAAUGCCAGUGGGGUUCUUUUGCUGCUGUCUUCCUUUAAAUUUCUGUUUUCUCGUCUCUUUCUCACUCUUUUUUUCUGAGCCUUGUAAGUGUCAAAAUAAGAGGAUCAAGACUAACAGAAAAAAAAAUCUU